AUAACUUACGUUGCAAAGUUGCAAACAGGACAAACAGGAUCUUGCUUCGCGGUGGAAGUUUCUGGAACUAUUCCAUUCUGGCACAGCGUUUAGCCACAAAUGGCAAAAGCGCUUUGGGUUCCGUAGCGCACGGAGCAAGCAAGGUCUGGUGUUAUCGAUAAGGUGCGGCGUAAGUCGAUGCAGCUCAUCUGCACCUGUUCAGCCUCAGCCUGAUUGCUAUCCAUCAGCCCUUCUGCCUGCAUCAUGUCGCCAUCACUCUCCACUACUCUUCCAUACGGCUAUCCUUUGGGCUGUGUUAUUCCCAGAUGGAUCCGCUUAGUGUGACAGCCAGCAUCAUCGCUAUCCUCCAGCUCUCAACCAAAGUUCUCGCGUACUUGAACGACGUCAAAGAUGCCUCGAAAGACCGCACACAGUGCGCUGUCGAGAUCUCGAAUCUAUACAACCUACUUUUCAACCUUAGAGCUCGGCUUGAGACGGGGGAUCCUGAGAAAUCAUGGUUUACUGCCCUUCGAGGCCUUGCAGUUGAAAAUGGGCCGUUCGAUCAGUUCAAGGAAGCGCUUGAAACGUUGCAGACCAAGAUGACAGACAGUGGCCGAUUAGGGAGGGCGGGUGAAGUGCUGGUGUGGAAGUUCAAGAAAGAAGAGAUUGCAAGUAUUUUGGGUCGGAUGGAGCGUCUAAAGUCGCUUGUGGAGAUCGCGCUACAAAUGGACCAUUUCAAAAUCUCGGAAGCCAUCAAAAGCGACACCGACUUCGUGCGGGCCCAGGUGCCUGGUAUAAAGUCUGGAGUGGAGAAGAUACAGCAAGAUCAGAAUUCCGCAAAGUACCGUCAGGUGGUGGAAUGGGUAUCCCCCUCGGAUUACCCGGCUCAACAAUCCGACAUCAUAAAGCGCAGGCAGGAAGGAACAGGCCAGUGGUUUUUGGACGCGCCUGAGACGGCAAGAUGGCUCACCGAAGCCAACGGAACCCUCUUCUGCCCUGGAAUUCCAGGAGCAGGCAAGACCAUGAUAGCCGCCAUCGCAAUUGACCACCUGUCAAAAUCCGCGCAGAACAGCUCGCAUGGACUUGCUUAUGUGUACUGCAACUACAAAUCUCAAGAGGAGCAGGAUGCUGUCAGUAUGCUGGCGGCCAUUCUAAAGGAGCUGGUGCAGGCUCAUCCGUCGGCUGUGGAUCCCGUAGAACGAUUACACAAGCAGCAUGCUAACAAGGGGACUAGGCCGUCACUUGACGAAAUCUGCAGCGCUCUCCAAGAUGUGCUAGCACGUUUCUCUACAGCCUAUAUAGUGAUCGACGCUCUAGACGAAUGUCGAGGGAGUGACGGCACGCGUCGUACGUUUCUUGCCAAACUCCGAGCCCUACAAGCAGGACGAGACAUUCGCCUCAUGGCCACCUCGCGGUUCAUACCAGAGAUUGAAGAUGGAUUUCGAGAUGCAAUGAAGUUGGAGAUCCAGGCUAGUGAAGAAGAUGUGAAGCGUUACGUGGCAGGCCAGAUAUAUCGACUUCACAAAUGCAUUCAACGUAGCGAUGAGCUGCAAGACAUGGUGCAAACGAAGAUCGUAGAGGCGGUAGACGGCAUGUUCCUUCUUGCUCGACUGCACAUAGAUUCACUGUCAGAUAAGAGAAACCCAAGAGAGGUCAAAACAACUCUGGCUAAGUUUGCCAAAGGCUCAACCGCACUCGAUGAUGCGUACAAAGAUGCGUUGGCCAGAAUUAACGGGCAACUAGAAGGUGACCGGGAACGAGCCAAAAAAGUUCUAUCAUGGAUCACAUUCGCGAAAAGGCCGCUUACCACAGUUGAGAUUUGCUGCGCUUUGGCGAUAGAACCUGAGGAUACAGAGCGUGACCCCGAGGGCAUAUGCGAUGUCGAGGACUUGGUAUCUGUGUGUGCCGGUCUUGUUGUCGUCGAUCGCGAGAGUUCUAUCGUCCGUCUUGUGCACUACACCACACAAGACUAUUUCGAACGGAUCAAGGAUACAUGGAAUCCAGCAGCACAACAGCAGAUUGCUACCACAUGCCUCACGUACCUGUCUUUCGACGCUUUCAGGAGCGGGAGGUGUCAUACAGAUGAUGAAUUCAAACAUAGGCUUGCUAAUUAUAAGUUCUUAGACUAUGCAGCGAAGCAUGGGGGCGACCACGUAAGAGCAGUUGAAGCUGAAGUGUGCCAGCUUGCCUGUUCUUUUCUUCUGGACCCUGGGUUGCUUGCAUGCGCUGCACAGGUGCUGCUAUGUCCAAAAUGGAAAUCCUCAAGAUAUAGCCGAGACUAUCCUACAAUCACAGGCUUGCACUACACGGCACAAUUUGGGUUAUCCAGCAUCACACAGGAGCUGUUGCUCGCAUCAGAAGAUCCCACUAAACUCGUUAAUGCAGAGGACAGGUGGGGCGACGCUCCUUUAGCAAUUGCUGGCACACAUGGACAUGACGAGAUUAUUGGCCUCCUGCUUGACAAGGGUGCCAACCCGAACGCGCAGGCCGAUCCGAACGCGCAGGGUGGAAGGUACGGCAACGCACUCCAGGCAGCGUCAUCUGGAGGCCACGAGCAGGUGGUGAAGCUGCUCCUCGACAAAGAUGUCGACCCUAACGCGCAGGGUGGAGAAUACGGCAACGCACUCCAGGCGGCUUCAUACGAAGGCCACGAGCAGGUGGUGAAGCUACUGCUUGACAAGGACGCC